UCUGUCUGAAGGACGUGCCAACAUGGCGCGAUUGACCAGUACCCUCCAGGCUGCCUGUAUGGGCCUGGUCGGGAGCAUGAGGGUGGCGGAGACUGGUAACUCACUGAGCCGGGCGAGGGAGCAGGCAAGAGUGGAGAGCCUAGACAAGGAGGUGAGGGAACGAACCCAGGAGGUCUUCCAACUGCAGGUCAGGUUCCAAGCGGAGAGAGCAGAGCUAAAUGCCAGGAUUUCCGAACUCUCUCUGUCGGUGGCGCUGUUGGACGGCCAGAUCGCCGAGAAGGAUCGCACUAUUCGCAGUCUCUCCGAGAGGGGGGAGGAGUUGGAGUCUCUUCACCACCUGGAUUCUGAGCGGCUGUCCGAGUUCGAGACUGUGCGAAGAACCAUCGAGGACCUGCAAUCGUCCCUGCAGGAAAUCGCUGAGGUUGUGAUGCUGGAGACGAAUGGUGCUCUGGUCCCUCCCUCCCCCUCUGACCGUGACACGGACCCAGCCUGUCCCCGGGGGACCCAGUCUGUCUCCCCCUCCCGCCGUCUGGCCUCGCCCAGUCGGGGUCUGUCUCCCUCUCGCCCGCUGCCGGCCGGCGUCACCAUCUCCACCCUCGAUGCCAUCCGCAGCGGCCUCAGGAAGAAGCAGCUAUUCAUCCAGGAUCUGCAGGGAAAGAUGCAACUGGCCCGGGAGUCAGCGGGGUCGAUGAGGAAGCAGCUGAUGGACUGCGAGGGGCAUCGCCAGGCGCUGGAGGGGCAGCUGCAGGCAGCCCGAGAGGAGAACCGGGGGCUGCAGCGAGGCCAGAGCGUGAGUGAGAGGGAGUUGGAGGAACUCCGACAGCAGAAGGAGUCUCUCAACCG